UAUCAUGAUGUCAGGUGUAAUAAAAGCAGGUCAAAGGUCACAGGGUCAAUGUCAGGAGCAGACAGUGAUCUGAAACACUAAAGCACAGAUUACUAGAGACAGUCAUAAAAACAUCUUAAAUGAAAAGUGUGUUUAAUGCUUCUGUAUUUAUAUUUAUAUAUACUGUAGUUUUAUCUGCAUCUUUCUUUCAGCUCUUUUAAAAUCUUCCUUUGGAAAACUUCUGAAUUAUGCAGAGAUUGAGAGAGUCAGUAAUAUCAGUCUUCUUUGGGAUAAUGUUUCUGUACUGCCUCUGUAAAAUCAUUUACAUUUUAGUUGCAGAUAUUGGAAAGAAAAGUGGACGGAUAAUUGACAUAUUUGACGUUGUGUCUGAUAUGAUCUUUGAGUUUCUGCCAACAUUACAAUUCAUUCUUCUGUUCUACAUGUUUGGAUCAGCGAGAGGAGGACUUUUCAUUGUUGUGCUUUUACCAAUGAUGCUAACAAUGACAAAUGACACAAUGUUUUAUAGAUGCUACUACAGGCUCCGCUGUUCACUUUCGGUCAGAAGAACAGUGCAGUUAAUAUUAAUGUUAGUGAUGAAUGCAGUGAUGAUGGGUUUACUCAUCAUGACACUGGAAACUGAAACAGAUCCUAUUGGAUGGGCCUGUGUGAUUGUGUUUCUGCAAAUACUCUGGACAGUUAUGAAGAUGACAGAUAGCUAUUAUUAUUUUUCAAUUUCUCGAGGUUUUCAUCGUUAUGUGUCUGUGUAUCUGUUUGGAUCAGUUGGUGUUGUUUUAAUAAGCGCUGUUGCUCUGAUGACAGAACUGAUACUGAAAACAGUUAAUGGUGAACGUGCUGUGAUGGAUCUGAGAUUCGUUCUGUUUCCCUCUGAAACUCUCUUUGUCGUGUCUCUGAUGAUUUUAGCAACAUUUCCAUCCAUGAUUCCCAAAAUAUUAAAGUGUCUGCAGUCUUGUCAGGAUAAAGUGAGGUGUAAUAAAACAGACACCAGAUCACAACAAAACCAAAGUCCUCAUAAUGCAGCAGGAUCAGAUGAAACUCCAGGAACCAGAUCAAACCAGAACCAGAACUCAGCAGAAUCUCAUGAAACUUCAGCAUUGACUGGAGGAGAUCUUAAAGAUGCAGAUGAAGGACAGAGGUCAUGUGAUUCAGUGGUCUGACACACACAGUAAUAAGAGAGACAUAUGC